AGAACCCUGAACGCAGCAUCCAGAGCGAUGAAUUGAGGGUCGAGAAAGACGGUGAAACAAAAAUGGACAUCGAUCAAAAAUAACCUGGUGAUCUAUGUCAGACUUCUGACAGGCACUUCACAAAUAAGAAAAGUGAAAGAGGCCAGAGUUCAGAGCUAUGGAGGCUCGCUUUGGGAAUAUUGUGUUUAGCUCCAGGUUUGACUCAGGGAACCUGGCUCGUGUGGAGAAGGUGGAGAAGGGCAACUCCAGCCCUUCUUCUGACACAGCUUCUAGUGGGAGCUCCUCCUCUGGGUCAAACCUCACCCCUGAUUAUGAGUUUAAUGUGUGGACGCAGCCAGACUGUGCUGGCACUGAGAACGAGAAUGGAAACAGAUCGUGGUUUUACUUCAGUGUGAAGGGGGCAGCACCUGGGAAAUUACUGAAGAUCAAUGUCAUGAACAUGAACAACCAGAGGAAGCUUUACAGCCAAGGCAUGGCUCCCCUUGUUCGCACUUUACCGGGCAAAACUCGGUGGGAAAGGAUACGAGACAGACCAACAUCUGAGAUUGUAGAUAACCAGUUCAUCCUUUCAUUCACUCACCGGCUAUUGGAGGUGAGAGGGGCUACCACCUACUUCUCCUUCUGCUACCCAUUCUCUUACACUGAGUGCCAGGAGAUGCUGCAGCAGUUGGAUGAGAGCUACCCCAAUGCUGCUCAGCUCAGUCCGAGCAGUACUCCAGGCACUGUGUAUUAUCAUAGGGAGUUGCUGUGCCACUCUCUAGAUGGCAACAGGGUGGACCUUCUCACUGUGACCAACUGCAGCGGGAUGCAGGAUGAGAGAGAAGCCCGUCUGCCUAAGCUGUUUCCUGACACCAACACUCCAAGACCACACCGCUUCGCUGGCAAAAGGGUGUUUUUUCUCAGCAGUCGGGUACACCCUGGGGAGACUCCCUCAUCCUUUGUGUUUAACGGUUUCCUUAACUUCAUCCUAAGAAGAGAUGACCCACGUGCACACGCACUGCGUAACAUGUUUGUGUUCAAGCUCAUUCCCAUGCUGAACCCAGACGGUGUUGUCCGCGGACACUACAGGACGGACUCCAGGGGUGUGAACCUGAAUAGACAAUACUUGAACCCCAGCCCUGAGCUACACCCUUCCAUCUAUGCAGCCAAAACACUGUUGCUCUACCACCACACACACAACCGCUUGCACAAAACGCAGUCCAGCACUCAUUCUAACAGCGCCACCCACACAGAACCCCCUCCGCUCAACAUUAAACCUGCAAGCCAGCAUGAAGCACCUCCUCUCACUGCCCUCGAAGUCACCUUAAACCAGCGGAAUGCAGAGAAAGAUGCAAACCCUGCACAGCCGGAGGUCCCCAUGAUGAUGGAGGAAAACGCCUGGGCUACAACAGAGAUGGGGAAGGGAGACCAGAACAGCUCAUCGAGCUCCUCAGAGACUGUAGCUCAUGGUGCUGGAGAUGUAGCAGUACCACAGGUGGAGGAACAGGAGUCAGUGCCGCCACAGGAGGGGUGUGUGGCAUAUUAUGUUGACUUGCAUGGGCACGCCUCUAAACGCGGGUGUUUCAUGUAUGGGAAUAGCCUUCCUGACGAGAGCCAGCAGGUCGAGAACAUGCUGUAUCCAAGGCUGAUUGCGGUGAAUUCUGCACACUUUGAUUUUCUGGGCUGUAACUUCUCUGAGAAAAACAUGUAUGCGCGAGACAAGAGAGACGGCCAGUCUAAAGAAGGCAGUGGCCGGGUUGCCAUUCACAAGGCAAUAGGGCUCCUUCACAGCUACACUCUGGAGUGCAACUAUAACACAGGAAAAACCAUGAACACAAUCCCACCUGCCUGCCAUGACAAUGGACGAGCCACCCCCCCUCCACCACCAUCCUUCCCUCCAAAAUACACUCCAGAAAUAUUUGAGCAGGUGGGACGUGCUGUGGCUAUCUCUGCCCUGGACAUGGCAGAGUGUAACCCUUGGCCGCGACUGGUGCUGUCUGAGCAUACGUGCCUGACAAAUCUCCGAGCCUGGAUCCUCAAGCACGUCCGCAACACCAAAGGACUGAACACACACAUCCAUGCCAACCCUCCUCCAAGAAUACACCACAAUGGCAGCAAAGUGUCACCACCAAAGAGCUUUAACAACUGUCUAUCUGGAUCGGUAUCGGAGAACACCCUCAGCCGCGUCCGCUGCAACAGCCAAAGUAGCAGCAGCCAGACACCUUCCCCGAAGAUGCACAAUUCCCCGAGUUUUACUUUCGGCUGCCCCCCACCCCGAACUCACACACUGCACAACAGCAGCGGACGAGGAGGGAACAAAACACUCGGUCCAGUCAGGGACACUAAGCCCCAGGAGAAGAGACGCCCCCCCCAUCAUCACCGUUCCAUCCUACGGUCUCCCAGCAACAGCCACACACCUGCCCGCCCCCCACUCUCACCCCCUUCCUCCUCUUCCUCUUCAUCUUCCUCAGUGUGUGCAGCAGGCUCCUGUCCCCUCCCAGCCUCCGUCAGUAUGACAGGCCUUAGCUGCCCGGACUUUGAGACUGGUGGACCCAGUUCUGCGGUCUGGUCCAGAAUGCCUGUACCUAUACGUCCUGGCCACAUAGGGAGAGGGUGCCGAAAUCUUACAAUCACUCAUCCCCCCACAGAAGCCUGUAGAGAGACUGCUAAAGACCAGGGGGCUGAACACAUUCUUUCCUCCAUCAAAUUUAGCAAGUGUGAACUGCAGCCACAUGUGAGCCGCAUUCCCAUCCGAAGGAUGGGGUCAACUGACACACCUCCCAUACACAACACUAAAGCAUCUCCGUCUAGCAAUAACCCACCUGGAGGUAAAGAGGUGUCUGCUACCAUGAAGGUGUGGAAGCUGCUCAGACCUGGCCUCCACAGACACCUGUCAUUGUCAGGUGUAUCUGAGAAAGAAGGUGCCAUACACCUGGCCUCUAAAGCUCUAAUGAAGAAAAGCACAGACAGGAAUAUCAAAUACAAAGAAAGCACUAUCGUAGAAACUGCAACAGAGACCACGGGAACACAACCACAGGUGGAGAAAACACCGGUGACUGUGCCCGACACUGUGAACAUGUGUGAGACAGUGACCUUGUGUGGAGAAGCUUAGGAACUGCACAGAACAACAAAACCCUCGUGUCCCUUCUACUUACUGAGAGCCUAAAAUUCCAUAUAAACAGAUGAAAACUUCAAAAUAAGAGGGGGCAUUGUCAUCGGUGGAUGAUUAUUUGGCCAAUCAUGAUGUGCAAUACAAAUCUUUUAUGUGUAUUUAUUACAUUUCUUGAGCAAGCAUAUAACUUUUUUUUUUUUUUUUUAAUCCUUGUGCAACAUUAGGAACCCAGAGCCACCCAUUACAACCACUGAGCAGCUAUUCCUUUUACUAGAAUAGCUGAGGGUUAAGUGCCUUGCCCUGUGACAUUACAUUAGUAGCUGUAUGGGGGGGGAGUGGUUCAAACUUUCCAAAGUUCUCCAGCUGCUCAAGAAUCCAGACUUGAAACAUCCCUACUGUAAUUGUACCUCACAUUUUGUGUUCUUUUGAUUUAAGUCACGUUGUUCUUUCUGCUUCCCCCAGUUACUGACCAAUAACUGUUAUGCACUGGUAAAUAUUUUCUUAGCAAGCCACUUGUACUACUACAGCAAAGAGUUGAAUUUUAUUUAGCCUCAUAAGCACAACAGCACCUUUAUAACCUCAUAUCUAUUGUGAAUAUUUAACAAAUGUGACUUAAGACUGUGCUUUAUUCUUUCUGUGCUUUGCACAUAGUGUUUACAAAAAGGUUUUCACCUACUUGGACUUUUUCAGUUUUUAUUUUGUAAUUUUAUUCACCAAAACAGCAAAUGUUACAUUAUAAAAUUAUCCUGAGUGCAUGUGUUAAAUAAUGUAUUAUGUGUACAAGAAACCUAAAUUAUCACAGCUGUAAGUGGUUUCUAGGAGAGUCACACUAGAUUGAAAUAAACUUUGUGUGAGGCUUAUACAAGUAGAGGGUCAAAUUAAUGCUGCAAUACUCUGAGGUUAUCAAGGAAAAUAUGAUGCAUCCAACAAGAGUAUUCAUUUUCUACAUGUACUUUAAGUCAGUUCCAUGUGGCAAAAGGUUCACAUGGGCCUAAACUUGUAGACUAAUCGUUGCCAAUCGUGUCUAAGUUUUACUGUGAUUUGUUUGGGCUGAGUGUGUAACAUCACUUGAGUCAACAUAAAACAUGACAAGGUCUAUGAAUGAAUACUUAAAUAGGCACAAAGUUGUAGUGAAUACUUUUCCUGUCAUGGUCCUUCAUAAGCACCAGUGUGAUCAGAUCACUUAUUAUACAUAUCCUCUCGCGUACACACAUAUUUAUAUUCAUAUUCCUGUAGUGUUUCGUGAUUUGGUGUUUUCUGCCAAAAAGACUAGUGGACAAAACUGUUGAAACUUGAAGUAUGAAUAACUUGUAUUCAAUUCCAUGUAUUUUAAAGUUAAAUAAAACACAAGCAUUUAUA